AUGGGAAAAGGUAAAAAUAAGAUGCACGAACCCAAAAAUGGAAGACCACAGAGAGGCGCUAAUGGGCACAGUUCCAGGCAAAACCAUAGGCGCAUGGAAAUGAAGUACGAUAAUUCAGAAAAAAUGAAGUUUCCUGUUAAACUGGCUAUGUGGGAUUUUGAUCAUUGCGAUCCAAAGAGAUGCAGUGGUAAAAAACUUGAAAGGUUGGGCUUAAUUAAAUCAUUGAGAGUUGGACAGAAAUUUCAAGGUAUUGUCGUUUCGCCAAACGGCAAAGGUGUUGUUUGCCCUGAUGAUCUAGAAAUUGUCGAACAACACGGCGCUUCGGUGGUCGAGUGUUCUUGGGCACGUUUAGAAGAGGUACCCUUCAAUAAAAUAGGCGGUAAGCACGAAAGGCUGCUGCCGUAUUUAGUGGCCGCUAAUCAAGUAAAUUACGGGAGACCAUGGAGGCUCAAUUGCGUUGAGGCAUUAGCGGCUUGUUUUGCUAUCGUCGGGAGAAUGGAUUGGGCCAGUGAAUUGUUAUCACACUUCUCGUGGGGAAUGGGAUUUUUAGAAUUAAACAAAGAAUUGCUUGAAAUCUAUCAGCAGUGCACUGACUGCGACUCUGUAAAGAGGGCUGAAGAGGAAUGGUUGCAAAAAUUAGAAAAGGAAACUCAAGAACGAAAAUCCCGAGCUAAAGAAGAAGAUAUAUGGAUGAUGGGUAACAUAAAUAGAAGGGGUAAUGGUUCGCAAUCUGACACAUCAGAGAGUGAGGAAAACUCAGAACAAUCUGAUUUGGAAGGCAAUAAUCAAUGUAUUGAAUAUGACUCUUUAGGUAAUGCUAUUCGUAUAGAUAACAUGAAAAGCAGGGAAGCGCAAUCUGAGGAAUCAGAAGACGAGGAAAGUGGUUCAAAAGAAAAUGGAGAGCCUUUAAGUUAUGACCCCUUAGGCAAUUUAAUUCGAUAG